AUGAUUUUAACAAGCAACACAACCACAAUGAAUAGUUCAGGUCAAAGUAAUGAAUCCGUAAGCAAGGUGUGUGGCGAUCUUCUGAGUAGUUCUGCAUGGAGUGCUGUAAUUCAUCAACCUGCCCAUGAUUCUGAUUUGGAAGAUUUACCAUCAACCGUUGAUAUGGAUGCUAUACUUAAAGAUCCCAUUUCAACACCUCAUAAUACUAUAACUAAUCAAUUAGUUGAUUUUUCUGAGUCUGAGUCAGAAUCUGAUUCAGAGUCUGAAAAAGAAAAAUAUUGUACAAAAAAAUUUGGUUACUCUUCUGUAGAUGAUGAUAAUAUUGAUGAUUCAUCUGAUACUUCAUUUUCAUCGUAUGUGCCUUGGUCAAAGCGAAAAGGAUUGGAUAAACAAAAAAGAAGUAAGGAUUCUUUAGAAUCUCAUGAUUCGAGUUCAAGUUCAAGUGAUGAAUCUAGCUCUUCAUCUAAGUCAACAAAUUUUGUAAAACAGCCAAUUUUUGAUGGUACUUCUAGUGAUGGUUCAAAAAAAAAAGAAUUCUGGCAAGAAGAACCAAAGAAAACAUUUUCUUCGAGUUCAGAACUUGAUAAACUUGAAAACUUAGAACCUGAACAUUUACAAGUUAUUAACCAAGAAGAUUUGGCAGAAAUUUUAUCUGAUGUUCAAAAUCAAAGUUUUUCAACUGGAUUCGAUGAUGUUCAGCCGAAAAACUUAAGUGAUAGCAGUGACUCAAGUGAUAUAGAAAUUAAAGAUUGUAUUGUAAAUGAUGCGAUUAUACGGUUAAAUAAUACUUCUGAAGAUGAAAAUAAAAAACCAGCUUAUUCUUCUAAAUUGUUGAAAGACUUUGUAGAAAAAACAGAAAGUCCAAUACAGAAACCAAAUAGCAAAACCAAUUCUCAUUCUUUAGAAAAUAAAACAGUCAUCGAUAAACAAAAGGAAAAUUUAACAAAAAGAGGUAGAGGAAGACCCAAAGGUGCUAAGGGACAUAAAAUUUUGCAAAAUGUUUUACCCAAACUGUCAGCGAAUUUUAAGCGUGGCCCUGGUCGACCAAAGAAAAUGCCUCCACUUUUAGAACCAAACAGUCCAACUACUAAAAGUUUAAAUUAUGAGUCUCCCAAACAAGAAAAAGUUCAUAAAAAAAAAAAAAAACAUAAGAAAAAGAAGAAAAAGAGUAAGAAAACAUUGAAUCCUAAAUUUCUUGCUGAAAUGGAAAAUCUUGUUGUUUUGUUUAUUCAAUGUUUAAAUAUAUCUAAAGUUUCUGAUAGUAUUAGAGGUAAAUCUAGCUCUUUAAAGUCAAAACAAAGAGAGAGAUCUAGUAAAAAAAGGAAAAUUGAUAAAACCAGUUAUAGUGAUAACGACAUUGAUAAAAAAAGGAAAAAGGGAUCUCCAGAUACAUCAAGAGAUUCUGAAACUACUAAUGAUCAACGAUUGCCAUUAAAAAAACGGCAUUAUCAUAUAACAUCAUCAACAGGUGCUGGAGUUACAUAUGUUGAAGAUGUAUCUAGAGAUGAAAAUUCUGGUAGUGAAUCUGAUGAUAAUAAACAGCAUAAAAUAUUAAAAAAUAAAUCUGAAGUCAAGAAAAAGUCUGGCCUACGAAGUAAUUCUGCAAACCCUGAAAUUAAAGCAAAAGAUGAACCAAAACCCAAAAAACCACCUGCGGGGGUAUUUGUACCAACAGUUGAAAUGCCGAGUUUGCAACUGAAAAAAAAAGUAGAUGAAAAUAAUAUUAAAAAAGUAAAAUCACUUAAAUCUGAAAAAGAAAAUCCAGUAGGAAAAUUAAAGAAAAGAAAAAAGUGUAUAAACAGGACUGGAUUUCCUAUAAAGAAAAAAAAGAAAAAACGUCAAGAACUUGCAGCAUCUGGAGAUUCACUUUUUAAACAUAAAACUGUUGAACAACCGCUUAAAAUGGAACAUACUGAGACAACACCAGAAAGAAGAAGUAUUCGUGCUGUUGUUCUUAAAAGGUUAAAAGAUAAAAAGAAAGACGAAAAAGAAGAUAGUGAUGCAUCUAGUGUAAGUAUACCAAAAAAGUUUAAAAACGACAAUGUAGAAGUAAAAGCACAGAAGAAAAAACCUGAUAAAAAACACUCUAUACAAUCUUGGAAUUAUAGAAAAUUAAAAACAAAUGUUUAUUAUGAUUUCAAACCAAUUUGUACUUACGAAGCACAAGCUUGUAAUUGUACUAUACCGACUGAAGGUAAAGGUUGUACUGAUGAUUGUAUAAAUAGACUAAUAUUUGCUGAGUGUUCACCGGAUCUUUGUCCCUGUAAAGAAAAAUGUUCUAAUCAAUGUAUACAAAAUCAUAACUGGGCACCAGGUUUGGUUAAGUUUAUGACCGAGGAAAAAGGUUGGGGCAUUAAAACUACACAAGAAGUAAAAAAUGGGGAACUUUUAUUAGAGUAUGUCGGUGAAGUAGUCAGUGAACAAACAUUCAAGGACAGAAUGACAUCUAUCUAUAAAAAUGAUGUGCAUCAUUACUGUUUAAAAUUAGAUGGUGGAUCUGUUAUUGAUGGUCACAGAAUGGGAGGCGAAGCGAGAUUUGUAAAUCAUGCUUGUGAACCUAAUUGUGAAAUGCAAAAAUGGAGUGUUAAUGGAUUAUUUCGAAUGGCAUUGUUUGCUUUACGCGACAUAAAACCUGAUGAAGAAUUAUGUUACGACUAUAAUUUUUCUUUAUUUAAUCCAGAUGAAGGUCAAUUGUGCAAAUGUAAGUCGCCAAAAUGUAGAGGUGUAAUUGGAGGAAAAACUCAACGAAUCACUAUACGCUCACCCAGUGUUACAAAACAUAACAACCAAACAACCAAUCGAAAUCGUUCUAGAAAAGCUACACCUAAUACAAAUACUUCUCCUAAAAAGUCUACAUCUAUUGUUAAUAUACAACAAAAACUUGUAUCAAAUGCACCUAUUGUAAUUGGUAAAGAAGAAAAAGAUUUAAUCUUUCUUCAUAAAAUAUGUUUGUAUAGAAAUAUUAUGAAAAUAGAAAAAAUUAGAAAAAAACGGAGAGGUAAAGAUAAUAAACCAAAACAACCCGAAGUAUUUAGAGCACAAAUGAAUGCUCUUAAUAAUAGUUGUUCGGUGAGAACUAGAAGACUAGCAACAGCGCAAAAUGAUCCAGAAAUGGAAAAAAAGGCGAAGUUAGCUACAAUAUUUAAACAACUUUUUGAUAUAAUUUGUAAUGCUAAAGAAGAAACAGGUGAAUUACUUGCUACACCAUUUAUAACUUUACCAACAAAACGAAGAUUACCUAAUUAUUAUCAAAAAAUAUCUGAUCCUAUUGAUUUAACUACUAUUGCUAACAAUAUUGAAAUUGGAGUUUAUGAUACAGUAAUAGGAUUUGAUUCGGAUAUUUUGAAAUUGCUUACUAACAAUAUGAAAUAUUAUGGACGUACAUCAGAUUUGGGUGUAAUAGCCACUCGUCUACGUAAGAUUUAUAACUUAGCCAAAUUGGAAUUUGUACCUAAAAUUGAAGAAAUUUUAGAAAAACAUAUUCCAGAAGCUUUUAUUGCAGAAAAAAACAAUCCUGGUGGUGACCAAGAUGAUGUGGUACGAUGUAUUUGUGGUUUGCACGAAGAAGAAGGUCUAAUGAUUCAAUGUGAACGUUGUUUAGUGUGGCAACAUUGUGAUUGUAUCAAAGCUGAUCCUGGAAAAGUAGAAUAUUACUUGUGUGAACGUUGCAAUCGCCGAGAAGUUGACUAUGAAAUACAACUGCCAGAACGACCAAGCUAUGCUGAACCUGGAGAAGUUCACUAUUUAACAUUAAUAAGAGAAGAUUUACAAAUUCGAGUAAACGAUACAGUUUAUGUACUAAGGGAUAUUGUAAAUCCUGAAAGUGGCAAAUCACAUUCUUUUAAGACUAUAAAGAAUUUUAAGUAUUCAGAUUGUGAUAUAUUUAGAGUAGAAAGAUUGUGGAAAAAUGAAUCCGGUGAACGUUUUUCAUUUGGGCAUCAUUAUCUUAGACCGCAUGAAACUUACCAUGAACCGACACGAAAAUUUUAUCCCAAUGAAGUGGUUAGAGUACCAAUUUAUGAAAAGAUAUCAUUAGAUCUUAUUAUGGGUAGGUGUUGGGUUCUUGAUCCUUCUACAUAUAGUAAAGGUUAUCCUAUUGGAGCGGAACAUAAACAUCUUUAUAUAUGUGAAUACAGAGUUGAUAAGUGUGCACGAAUGUUUGCCAAAAUGAACAAAUCAAAAAAUUCACCAAUUUGUACUAAAAGUUAUGCUUUUGAAAAGUAUGAUAAAAAAUUAAAAUUAGCAAGAACAUUUGCUCCUCACGGUCUUAUGGUAAAAGUGACUAAUAAUUCUACUGCAACCCCACGACCACGGCAUAUAGAAACUACAGUAGUUAAAACAUCAAACAAAUUAUCCAAAGCUCAAUUUUCACUUAAGAAACAAAGGUUGGAUACACUUUUAACAAAACUACUAGCCAAGUUACCAGAAGAAGACAAAAUUGAUAUCACAUAUUUACUCGAACCUGGUAGAAGACAUAGAAAAAAACCAUCAUUUUUAGAACUAUAA